UCACCACCACCACCACCACUACUACUACUACUGCUAAGUUGUUGUGUGCAACAUGUUGGUAAUUGGGUGUGUAAGGCCAACAUGUAGACAGUUGAUAAUGAAGAGAUCAUUUAAAUAUGAUACUGUGCGAUAUCUUAACCAAUCUGGUUGGUUCUUCAGUCGUCAUAAACAUCUUUUUAAAACAUUUAAAUUAGAUAGUAUACCAAAAUUACCAUAUCAUGAAACUAUUGAAUUACUGUAUCAACAAUAUAAACCAUCUAAAACAUUUGAAAUAGAUACUAAUUUAUCACCUAUUGUUAUGUUACAUGGAUUUCUUGGAUCUAAACAAAAUUAUGGUACAGUUGCAAGACAUAUUACUCAAUUAACUCGACAUCCAGUUUAUGGAGUUGAUAUGAGAAAUCAUGGACAAUCAAUGCAUGCUGGACCUCAUGAUUAUUAUCAUUUAGCAUUAGAUGUAAUUAAAGUAUUACAAGAUAAAAAUUGGAAUGAUGCUAUAUUAGUAGGACAUUCUAUGGGAGCUAAAGUUGCCAUGAUUGUGGGAUUACUUGAACCAGAAUUGUUAUCAAAAAUUAUAGUUAUUGAUAAUAGUCCUGUUAGUAGUCAAUUAGAUGAAAGUUUUGAAAAAGAUGUGGUAGGAAUGUGUCAUGUAGAAUAUGACUUUCCUAAUUUUAUUAAUAAAUCUCCAACUUUUCAAGCUUCUAAAGUUGAUUCUAUAUUAGAUCAAUAUGAGCCAGAUAAGAAAGUUCAAUUUUUCUUAAAGACUAAUAUUAACAAGAAUUAUAAGAUAAAGGAUCAAUAUUUUAGAGUUCCUGUAUUCAAUUUUCUUAAGGAAGAUGUUAUUAGUAAUAUGGGAGAUUGGCCAUCUGAUAAACUAAAUAAUAAAAUUUUUGACAAACCAGUAUUAGUCAUUUCUGGUAAGCAUUCUAAUUUUGUUAAAGAUGAGUACUUGCCAAUAUUUCAUCAUUACUUUACGAAUGUAAAGUUUGAAGAAUUCGAAUGUGGACAUUGGGUGGUAACAGAUAAGCCUCAGGAGUUUAUAACUUCUGCUGUUAACUUCAUAUCUUAGGUAAUAUAAUUAUAUAACAUAGACCAUAUAUACAUACAUAGACCGUAUAUACAUACAUAGAGCAUAUAAAUCAUAGAGCAUAUAAAUCAUAGAACAUAUAAUAAAAGAUAGAACAUAUAAAUCAUUAUAAUUCGAGC